AUUACAGCUCCCCGCGCGCGCAUCGUGGAUGAGAGAGGUGCGGAUGUGUCGGAGAAACAUUACAACAGCGGCAGCCUCAUCCAGCUCAAGUGCCACGUGGACCGUGUGCCUUUUCCGUCCGGCAGAGUCACGUGGAGGAAAGCGGACACCGUGCUUACCUUCAACACGUCCAUUGGCGGCAUAAGCGUGAAGGGCGAGCCUGCCACGGGCCUGGUGACGAGUCGUCUGUACGUCGCUAAUGCGUCGCCCCGAGACUCGGGGACCUACAGCUGCUGGUACGAGGACUACGCGCACGACAACGUCACCGUGCACGUCAUUGCUGGAGAAUAUCCUGCAGCGAUGCAGGAUGACUCACUCACCGACAGCGGUGCAGCGAACAGCAACGACAACAGCAGCAGCAGCAGCAGCGCUGCAGCGCAGCACUUUGCUCCUGUUUGCUGCACGCUCCUGUUGCUGACGCUGCCGCAGCUGCAGAGCAACAACAGACGUCACUGCCGUGCAGAGUUUUUUGUACGUUUGUCCUUGAUGGCGUGGGCAGUGCUCAUGUUAUCGUACGUUUAUAAAGGAAGAUGAUUGCCCUCUGAAGAGCUGUUUACACGGUCUUGUUUUUAUCACAGAGUUUGUUUAGAAUUGUUCGUGGAGGCAUUGAAGGACAUGCGGAUAUUUAAUUAGCAUUUAAGUAAUUUUGAAACGUUAUGUGUUAUAAAUAUCUAUGUGUGAUUGACGCAGUUAACUACUGAGCGGUAAAUUUUAUGGAAACUAUAUUCUUAUAGAAGACACAAAUAAUUUUUAUUCAAGGCAUUCAUUCCAAUUUUUUUUUGUUGACUUGUCCCGACCAAGUUUUGUCAAUGCCAUAAUUGUUGUAGUAAUCCCUCUGAAUAAAAGUAAUAAUAAUAAUAUUAUUAUUCUAUGGCAGAAAUUCGAAUACUUUUAUAAUAUGUGACCCAUGGUUAAGUAAAGCUACAACAGAGAAGCAUUCAUUGUAAUAUUACUCGCUAUGCGAAAUUUUGGUAUCUGCGUUAACAUUCUUAAGAAUAUUAUUCUCUUCCAUAAAUUUCUGGUUAAUGAAUAGAGCUUGCUAUGGAAUUUAUUUUUUAUUCGAUGAAACAACUAUGUGACAUAUGAACAAAAAGUGCUUGUACAUACUAAAAUUAUGUACUGAUUUAUGAACGUAAUCCUAUACCAAAUAAAGAAUGAACCUUU